GACCAGCAUUGACCACCUGCGUGCGCUCUACCUGCCCAUGGCGCCCGUGCUGGAGGUGGAGGGAGUCGUGAUAGCGGUCAGCAGCCUGUACCUGUGCCGGACUCACGCGGAUGGUGGUCAGAUCCGGUCAUUUCCAUCGAUUACGCUGGUGCACCUAGACGCUACGAAGCUCGAAUCGCCCAUGUGCUCAUCAGCCCGGAGUCAGGCGCAUAGUGCCUUCCAGCAAGGAGCAGCCGCCGUCAUCUUCGACAUAAGCAGUGCACCGGAAAUGGCCAGCGAGCUGUUCACCGGGCAGCGGCAGCCGCAGCUGCCCCGGCCCGUGCUCGUCAUGGCCGACCCGGACGUGCAGAGGCUGGCCGAUGCCAUGCGGCCCGAGGUCAACAUCAGCGCCCGGGUCACGCGCAACCGGCGCCACGGUCAGCCCAGCGCGCCGGCGCCCGCCUUCACAUACUUCGACAUCGCGCUCUUUGUCGUGUUCUUCCUGCUCAUCUGCCUGCUGAGCGGGCGUGGUGCUGACCCAGCGCUGCGGGUGGCCAAGUCGGUGCUGCACCAGAUCCCGACGCGUCGGUACGGCGGCGGGGACGGCGUCGGGGGCGGGUGCCAGGCGGCGCGGCUGGGCCGAUCCGGCUGCUGCUCCGGCUCCUCCCCCGAGCCUUCCGACGGCCACAAGCCGCGACUAGAGGAGCCCGAGGGCUGCACCAUCUGCCUGGACGAGUAUCGACCGGGCCAAGAGCUGCGCGUGCUGCCUUGUCGGCACGAGUUCCACCGCGGCUGCGUCGACCCCUGGCUGCCCAGCUACGUCAUCCUGCGCACGGUGUACCCUGAGUACGGCGCCGGCCGCCUGGAAACGUGCACGGUCAUUCCGUGCCAGCGGAGGGCGCAGGCGCCGCCCGAACAGGCGUCGGACACGGACUCGGACGACCUGGAGGUGCGCUCCAUCACGGGGUCACGACCCGAGUACGGCGCCGCCGGCUACAGCAGCGCCAGCGGCGACGACGAGCCCGACCAGAAGUGGACCGUGGUGUGA